UUUUGAAAGAAAAGAAAAGAAAAAGGAAAAUAGAUAAUCGCGGCAAACUCACUCAACUGGUUUCUUUCGUCGUUGUUUGUACAAAAUCAAGUUAGUAUUUUCUUCUGUGAAGAGAAACAGUGUUAAACCCACCCUCCCUAAUUUCCUGGAUUCGUUCAUUUUCCCACUCUUUCUACUCUCAUUUCCCUCCCUACCUUCAUUUUCCUUCUUUCUAUCUUUUUCAAACUCAGUUUCUCUCAUUUAUUUUCACUUCCAUUCGACUAAACCCUAGAAAAUGCCGAGGGAGAUUAUCACCUUGCAGGUCGGACAAUGCGGGAACCAGAUUGGGAUGGAAUUCUGGAAGCAGCUUUGCCUCGAGCAUGGGAUCAACAAAGACGGCAUUCUCGAAGAUUUUGCCACUCAGGGGGGAGACCGUAAAGAUGUGUUCUUUUAUCAAGCUGAUGAUCAACACUACAUACCUCGAGCUUUACUGAUUGACUUGGAGCCUCGAGUCAUUAAUGGCAUUCAAAAUAGUGAGUACAGAAAUCUGUAUAAUCAUGAGAACAUCUUUGUUUCAGACCAUGGAGGUGGUGCUGGUAACAACUGGGCCAGUGGGUACCAUCAGGGAAAAGGUGUUGAGGAGGAUAUAAUGGACAUGAUUGACAGAGAAGCAGAUGGAAGUGAUAGUCUUGAAGGUUUUGUUUUGUGUCAUUCAAUUGCUGGAGGAACUGGCUCAGGUAUGGGUUCAUAUCUGUUGGAGACUCUGAAUGAUCGGUACAGCAAAAAACUGGUUCAGACAUACAGUGUGUUCCCUAAUCAGAUGGAAACAAGUGAUGUGGUGGUCCAACCAUAUAACUCUCUUUUGACACUUAAGCGACUAACACUUAAUGCUGACUGUGUUGUUGUUCUUGAUAACACUGCAUUAAAUAGGAUUGCUGUUGAGCGCCUUCAUCUAUCAAAUCCCACCUUUGCUCAAACAAAUUCUUUAGUUUCUACUGUAAUGUCAGCCAGCACAACUACCCUAAGAUAUCCGGGAUACAUGAACAAUGACUUGGUUGGGCUUCUUGCAUCUUUGAUUCCAACACCGAGAUGCCACUUUCUUAUGACCGGAUACACACCUCUUACAGUGGAGCGUCAGGCAAAUGUCAUUCGUAAAACUACUGUAUUGGACGUUAUGAGACGACUUUUGCAGACAAAAAACAUCAUGGUUUCCUCUUAUGCUAGAAAUAAAGAAGCUAGUCAAGCGAAGUACAUAUCCAUAUUGAACAUUAUUCAAGGAGAAGUAGACCCUACUCAGGUUCAUGAAAGCUUGCAGAGGAUUCGGGAAAGAAAGCUUGUGAACUUCAUUGAGUGGGGUCCUGCUAGCAUUCAGGUUGCAUUGUCAAGAAAAUCUCCAUAUGUUCAAACUGCACAUAGGGUCAGUGGUCUUAUGCUGGCAAGUCAUACUAGUAUCCGGCAUCUUUUCAGCAAGUGUUUAAGCCAGUAUGAGAAGCUUAGAAAGAAGCAAGCUUUUCUUGACAACUACAGGAAGUUCCCAAUGUUCGCUGACAAUGACCUUUCAGAAUUCGAUGAAUCAAGAGAUAUAAUUGAGAGUUUAGUUGAUGAAUACAAGGCCUGUGAGUCCCCAGACUACAUUAAAUGGGGAAUGGAGGAUCCGGACCAUGUACUAUCCGGGGAAGGCAAUGCUUCUGGAACAGUUGACCCAAAAUUAGCAGGGUAAACAAAAGUUGAGACAGUGGUUGCAAAAGUAGGUUAUUUGAAGAAAAUCUUUAGCAGUUGAUUGCAUUCUAAGUUUUGGGUUUUGGUGCUUUGGUGGAAUAUCCAAUGGUUUGUGGUGUGAUUCUCUAGUUUUUUCUUCCAUUCCAAUUUAUUAAUUAUCGUUCCUGUAAUUAACUCAAGGGAAUACAGAAUCUCACUGUAUGAUUUUCUUUUUGUCCGUUUGAUCUUGCUUGGUGGAGAAUUUGGGGAAUGUAGUCCACUCAUUUGAAAUUGCAGCUUGGUUCUCAGAUUCUUGGCCGGCCUACCUUUACCCUGAAUAGUUUUUUGCUUUGUUUUUAAAUUAAGCACUCAGGAAUGUGUGGUACCGGCCCAUGUGGUAACCAUAACUCUAAUGCCAUGUGAUGCAUGUUGGGGCAUGGUUAGAAGGAUUGGCCCUAUUUGGUGUUGAUUUCUAAUGUUGGUAAAUAGUGAUUAAUUUGCCGUUUAUAUA